AAACACACACUUGAGGACUUUUUCAGUACUGAGUAGGGUGAUUUGCUUUGUAUUGUUCUCUUGAAGUAAAAAUAGCAAAGCUUUCAAUGUGUAGAAAUGUUCAACAGAUUAAAAAUGAUGCGGCCUGAUGGUGCAGGGUAUGUGGGGAGCUAUGUAAGAGCAAUCCACGACUUCUCCACAAAUAUGCCUGCAGAGGUCAGCCUCACCCAUGGGGAUGUCUUCAAGGUCACCAAAGCUGUUGACAAGAACUGGCUCCAUGGCACAAGCAGGGAUCGGGAAGGGAAUUUUCCCUCAGACUUUGUUGAGAAAAUACAGCUACCUCUGAUUGAGGAGGGACAGAAACUAUUUGCUGCUGUGGAAAACUUCCCGGCUCAACAGGAUGGGGACCUGGAGUUUCGAAAAGGUGAUAUCAUUGUUGGGCUCAAUCCAAUAGAUGACUCAUGGUGGCAAGGCCAGAUAAAGCACACCACUGGCAUGUUUCCGGUCACACAUGUUAUGGAGCUGGAACUCUCUGGUCUGCUCCAACAGAGGUCUAAAAGUGUGCACUCAGCAGAGACAUUGUUUGCACAGGCGUUAGUUGAUUCUGUGGCUCAGUUGGACGAGGAGCUGAGCUUUCAGGCCGGGGAUAUCAUCACGGUGACAGAGGUGGUAGAUGAGGACUGGUACGUUGGGCAGUGCAGGGGCCGCUCAGGCAUGUUCCUCGCAUCCUGUGUCCAGCUACUCAAUGAAGAGGAGUGCAACUGUAGUGGGCCUGCACAGGGAGGCUGGUCCCCGGCUGUCGGACAUGAUAUCAUUGAUGGCAUGGCUAGUACAGGAAGUGAUACGACAAACAAUUCCACUUAUACAAAUGACAAUCAACAAAGUAUUAAUCAUGUGCAAAAUGGGCGAACAAAUGAGCCACCUUCUGUGAUGGAGGCUGCAUCUCAUAACAAUCAUACUGACAGUGAUUCAGGGCAUCAAGUCUCCUACACUAGUGAAAACACUAAAGCUCACAUGGGUGACACCGAAGCUGGUGUUACUCCAUAUGCUAGGACUUUGUAUCCAUUCAAUGGAGAAAUGCAGGGUGAAUUAAGCUUUGAAGCUAAUGAUAUAGUUACUCUAAUACAACAUGUUGAUGAAAGCUGGAUAGAAGGUGAAAUUGAUGGCAAAAUUGGACUUUGUCCUGCAAACUAUGUUGAAAUUAUUGUUGAUUGUCCUUAUGCAUUUGAUAAUGAACAAUCUGAAAAAGAUCAAAUGGUUUCUGUCGUUGAAUGUGAUACAAACUUUUCAAAUGGUUCUGUUAAUCAGACAAAAGGUGAAACAGUGAAUCAAGAUGCUACAGCUAAAUUCUCAGGUCAUAUUUCUUCCAUUGCUAGUGAAAGCAAGAAUGCUGGAGAAGAAAGUUAUGCCCUGGUGCUUUACACGUUUCAGGCAGAGGCGGAAAAUGACCUGUCUGUUCAGGAAGGGGAUACAGUCAUUGUUGUGAGACAGGAUGAUGACAACUGGGUCUUGGUCAGGAAUGAUGCUGGACAGUCCGGAAUGUGCCCUCUUACUUACAUUGAAAUGAUCGGUGCUCCUCCUCCAGAACCUGGCCAAACCAAUGACGCCAAUGACAAUGAGGUUCAGAACAAAGCUCAACUUAAAAACAAUUUGGUGGAGAGUGAGAAUCGUGGUUCUGAAACAAAAUCUGAAAGUGUCACUGCGAUAACCAAGCAUUUACCUCAGCAAGAAACAGAAAAAAGAAAAUCUUCAGAAAAUGAAAGCAAAGCUCAAGCAAAUAUCUCAAAGCUUGAACCAAAAACCAAACCAGUAAUGAAACCAAAGCCAUCACUUGCCCCUAAACCAAAUCUUAAGCCUAAACCAUCUUUGGCCCCUAAACCAUUUACAGAAAAAGGGUCAGUGGUGAAACCAGUAUCAUUUGAUAUGGGACCUAGUGCUGUAUUACCCAAGUCGAACUCCACAAAAUGCUUGUCAGAGUUCUACACUAGUCUUGAUUUGACAAAUCAAACAGUUUCUUUAUCAAAGGCAAAGUCCAUGUAUGAAAUUAACCACAAUGACAAAAGUGUGGAGCCCAUUUCCGAAUCAAAUAAAAGUGAUGGAAGUACUGGAAGUAAUUCUUCUCUAAAUUCAAGCUUUGAAAAAAGGCAAUAUACAGACUCAAAGAAAAUGUUUGAAAACAUGGACUUGUCUAAACCUCUUGACAACAUUCUUCAGGAAGAGUUCGUGAGAGCUAGAAAGGAUGCAGACACAAAAUCCAGGAGUGGGUCAAAUAGAAGCUCUGGCAGUUCUCUGACAGGUUCAGGUAAUUUCAGAACUCAAGACUCUACCACUUCAAACACAAGUGUUAAGGUAUCUUCUGGAAAUUAUUCAAGAGAAAACUUUGAAUCUUGUUCAGUUGUAGGACAAUCAACAUUUUACACUGAUAAAAGCAGUGUCCCAAAUCUACGCAAACCUCCUCCUCCACCCUCUAAGUCUCACAGCAAGGAAGGUGAAUUUAUAAGAAAGCCAUUAAAAAAGCCAGCUCCACCUAGACCAGUUGGGCCUAGGAUUGCUCCAGCACCAUCUAAAUCCCCUAUGAUACCAGAGAGGACAGCGCAGCCCAAGUACAUGCCUGGUCGCCCUGCGCCUGCCAGACCAGGGCCACUACCACCCCGACCUCAUGGAGGAGGAGGGUCAAGAAGGCCCCCGGCCCCUGCCAGACCACAGUCAACUCCAGGAAUCUCUGACCUGAUGAGUUUUAGUCCUCCAAACUCUACCUUCUACGUGGAGGAGGAGGCAGAGUCUGAAGAGUCACUGGAGCUGAGGGCCAGGAUUGCCAACUUUGAACAGGACAUACAGGAUUGUGAGAAGUCCCGGGGUGAGUUGGAGCAGAUGAAGCAGACCCUGGGUGGGAAUGACAAGGAAAUCCAUGACAACGUACAGUUCUACACUGACAACAUCAAGGGACUUAAACAAGAACUCAACACCCUCAGAGAGCAUCUAGCAGAUUUGUGUCCCAGCGAGCGUCAAAAGAUGGACGCAGAGAAGCUGGCAAUGCUUCGUCAAGAGGAGGAAGCCCGACAGAGGGAAGAGCGGGCGCGCCAGGAGGCUGAGGCUCAGCGGGAGAGACAGAACAAGCGUGAGAGGGUCAUACAUGAACUCAUACAGACUGAAAAAGACUUCAUUUCUUCCCUCAAUCUCAUAAAUGAGACCUUUCUCGGGCCUAGUGCAAAGAAGCAUCGACUUGUUGAUGUGGAUCUUCUGUUCGGGAACUUGGAGGAGGUGGAUGAGGUCUCCCAGAAACUGCUCACACGCCUCGAGGAUGCCACACACGGCAAGGACUUUCACCAGCAGGUCAUAGGUACUAGUUUUACGAGCCUUGCUGAGGACAUGAAGAAUGUGUAUGCUCCCUACUGCAGAAACCAUGACGAUGUCAUCACUCUAAUAGAAAAGUACAAUCAGGAUCCUGAGAUCAAGGCCCACUUUGAAGUCCUUCUGGACCAACUGCGGGAGAACCAUGUGGUGUUUGACUUGGAGGCCCUGCUCAUCAAACCUGUUCAGAGGAUCCUCAAAUAUCCACUCCUUCUAAGUGAACUCUUCAAGGCAACAGAGGAGGACCAUGCAGACAAGCGGCCACUCCAGCAGGCCAUACAAGCCAUGACAGAUGUCGCUCAGGCGAUAAAUGAGUACAAGAGGAGGAAGGACCUUGUUUUUAAGUACAAAAAAGACACAGAUGCUUCACUGGGAGACAAGCUGUCCAAGCUGAGCUUACACUCCAUCAAGAAGAAGUCUUCCCGUAUCAAGGAGCGAUUCUCUGCGAACAUGGGGUUUAUCGACCAGACUCGAGAUGCAGUGUUUGACCAGGUGGAGGGGAGGUACAGACACCUGGAGAAGACCGCCCGCUUGUUUGUGAGAGAUGUGCAGGCCUACAUAGAGGAGGUCCAGUCGAUGGUGAACAUCCAGGAAGGGAUAUCUGCAAACAUUGAGGAUUUCUAUGGUGAGAAGCGGGACAUUUCAGAGGUGCUCAAGUACCAGGCCUUCUGUAACAAGAUGCACAUGACCUUCCUUCCUAACUUUCACCGUGAGGUAGAUGACCUAGUGAUCAUCCCUCUGACCCAGAUGCUACAGAUGUUUGAUGGCCCUAGCAAGGUCAUACAGAAGCGCUACGACAAACUCCUUGACUACGACAACCUCCGCAGGAAGGCACAGAGCGAUAAGUCAUUUGAGAAGGCGAUGCAGUCGGCUAAGCAGAACUAUGAGGCAUUGAACGCCCAGCUGGUGGAUGAAAUGCCGCAGAUGUUUACUCUUGGCUCGCGACUGCUCAGGGACUGUAUUGCCUCAUUUCUCAGGGAGCAGCGACGCUUCACAGAUCAGAUUGUCCAGGAAAUGUACUCAGUAGUGGAACAGCAGUUACAGUUCCUGAGUGAGGAAGGCUUGGUGGAGCAGUUCAACAUCCGGCACUCAGCCAUUGUCGACCGCCUUGCUCUACUCUCCUUUAUGCCCCGUACAUUUUCCCCCCGUGUAGCUGAUGCCAAACAGGAGAAGAGGAACAAACGCAUGUCACUUGACUCGAGUUCACUUAUGCUGAAGUCGAUGGAGGCAGUGCCUCAGGUAGACAGUCAGCGAGUGUAUGUGACCCAGCAGUACACGCCAAGCAAGCUGUUUAAGGUGACGGAGACACAUGUCGCCAUGGACAGCAUGGACAUCAGUGUGUGUGGUGGGGACGUGGUUGGGGUCAUUAUGGACAAGGACCCCAUGGGCAACAAGGAGCGCUGGUUUGUCGAUAACGGAGCUAUCAAGGGUUUUAUGCCGCGCAAGCUGCUGGCCCAGUUUGAAUCAAGCCCUCCUCGGCCUAUCUUAGGUACCGAUUCAUUGUUACUGCCAGUUCCAGUCACAGGAAGUAACCAGUACUCUCCACAACCACCAAGAUCCCCUGGUGCUAGUCCUCAGCUGCGUAGUGUACAAGAGGUUGAGGAUGAUAUAGACUUUGCCCUGGAAGAGGAGAUGACUCCUGACAUACCAGACUCACAGGGCACUGCAGGGUACCAGACAGGAAAUGAAGGGCACCAACAAACCAAAAAUACAGGGUAUCAAGCAGAGAAUGCAGGGUACCAACACGAUGAUGGCAGCCAUCUUUAUCCAGAAUCUGGAGAUGAUGUGCAGAAGAAGCGGAAUCUUUACUACGCAGAGUUCCCGUUCUCGGCCCGCAAUAGCAAUGAGGUGACUCUGUUUGAGCACCAGGUGUUGACGGUACUCGCCCCGCAUGAUGAGAACGGGAACACGGAGUGGUGGUACGUGGAGGCGGACGGUACAUACGGAUACGCCCCCGCCAGUUAUCUCAGGCCAAUGGACACAACAUGACCCUGUGUGAUACAGAUAUUUAUUUAUAAGUGAAAAAGUGUAAGUCAAUGCACACAAACAAUAUGAGUGGAGAAGGUGAAAAGCUUUCAAGUGUCAUUGAAUAUUUAUGCCCCCCUUCGAAGAAGAGGGGUAUGUUGCUUUGCACAGGCAUGUCGGUCGGUCGGUCGGUCCGUCGGUAGACCAAAGCUUGUCCGAGUGAUAACUCAACAAUUCCUGGACGUAUGGUCAUCAAACUUGACAUGAAGGUUGGGCCUGACCAGUAGAUGACCCCUAUUGAUUUAAGGGCUCAUCGGGUCAAAGGUCAAGGUCACAGUGACCUUUAAUGGUAAAUAAUUUUAAAGCUUGUCUGAGUGAUAACUCAACAAUGCCUAGACCUAUGGUUAUCAAACUUAAUAUGGAAGUUGGGCCUGACCAGUAGAUGACCCCUAUUGUUUUUGGGGGCCAAAGGUCAAGGUCACAAUGACCUUGAAUGGUAAAAGGUUGUCCGAGUGAUAACUUGACAAUGCCUGCACCCAUGGCCCUCAUACUUGACAUGGGGGUUGGGCCUGACCAUUAGAUGACCCUUAUUGAUUUUGGGGGUCAUCGGGCCAAAGGUCAAGGUCACAGUGACCUUGAAUGGUAAAAAGUUGUCCGUGUGAUAACUCGACAAUGCCUGCACCCAUGGCCCUCAUACUUGACAUGGAGGUUGGGCCUGACCAGUAGAUGACCCCUAUGGCUUUGGGGGUCAUUGGGCCAAAGGUCAAGGUCACAGUGAUCUUGAAUGGUAAAUGGUUGUUCUUGCGAUAACUCGAAAUAGCCUGGCCCUCAAACUCGACAUUUAGAUUUUUUGUGACCAGCUGAUGACUCCUAUGGAUUUUGAGGUCAAAGGUCAUGGUCAUAACACACUCUUUCCUCACACUUUGAAUGGUCAUAAUCUUAAAACUGCCUCAAUGGCAUCCAAUGUCAGUGACAAACCAGAUGUCAUUUUGGUUCAUGCAUAUUUCAUUCAAUUGUCCAUAUAAUCCUGACAACAUGGCGCUCAGGGGGGCAUAAUGUUUGACAAACAUCUCUUGUUUUUUAAAGGCUUUCCUCUAUCAGUCCUCCAUUAGCUGUAGACUAUUAACUGUAGCUGCAUCUAGGAGGAUCAACAAUAACUGUAUAGACUAUCCCUGAGGAUCAACAAUAGCUGUAUAGACUAUCCCUGAGGAUCAACAAUAGCUGUAAAGACAAUAGCUGUAUAGACUAUCCCUGAGGAUCAAAAAUAACUGUAUAGACUAUCCCUGAGGAUUAAAGUGAAUGUACCCGAUAGUUUUAUUUUGAUACAGAUCAUUGUCAACCACAUCCAGCUUUUAAUAUAAAAAAAAUCAUGUAUUUAGUCUGAAAACUUGAAGCAUUUAAUAAUUAAUAUGGAAUUUAAAAAUUCACUUAAGUAUUUGUAUAUUCAUGCAUUCUUCUUUUAAUAGGUCAGUGUGAAUCCAUCUUCAAGCCAUGUUUAAUGCAUAUUUUUCAUUAGAAAUAAGACCCAAAAAAAAACAUAAAGGCUGCAGCACGAAAUUUAAAUGCUUGGAUACUGGCCUACAUGUAUAUGAUACAGCAGACAAGUUUCAGUGUUCUCUUGUUUUAAAGGUCAGUAAUCAAUCAAGUAUUAACAUUAUAUUCUUUCAAAAUCCUAAUGCAAGUCAAAGUUUAUACAUUUUAUUCAAUUUAAGAAUAAAAUCUAAUUGCCUCAUCUAUUUUAUUUCCCUACAUGUGAUAAUACAAUGUACAUAUAAGAUUAAGGUUGAUGCAUUUACGUAUCUGUUUCCCUCACUAUUUUAUCCACUUUUGGCUUACAAUUGGAAGUGACCAUGUUUUUUACUUGCCAGUUUAUAUACUGAAUGGGGUUGUCAAAAUCUAUAACUUCAGUCCACACUUGAUACCCAGUAUGUCAAGUGUAGUUUGUGUCAUACAUGUAUACGCUAAGAACGACAAUUCUCCUAUAUUUUACAAACCGUUGAUUUGAGUUGUGGCUGGUGGCCUUAUUGAGAAAACAAUGUGAUCCAGUUAUUCAGUUGUUCAUAUUCCAUGGUUGGAUUUUGUUUUAAAUCUUGGCAAUGUGCAAUGUUCUUAUCGUCUUCUUUGUGAUAUGUUCAAUUUUGUUAUGUGCAUGUAAACCAUACAUGCUAUGUAUAUGUUUUCUGUCUUUAAUCAUGAAAUGUGCUGUUGCAGAAUCAAAUAUUGCAUUUAAUCAUCUACAGGUGUACACAAUCAUCAGUUUCGUGUAACUAAAGAUUUUAGCAUGAAAUUAUUUUUUGUUUCCUUAUAAAACAUGUUAUUCCUUGGUUUUUCUUACACUUUAAGAUGUGUUUUGUUGUUGUAAGGUAGGUAAACUAUGUAUGUGCUUUAUCCGUAAAGGAAAUAUACCAUA